AUGACAAAAGUUGCAGCUUCAAAUAAGGCUGUUGCUUCACCUUCUCGAGCUACCGUAUCGUCACCAACAAAUAUUACAACUACUAAUGGAGAUGGGAAUAACGAAACUUUAGUUAUCUCUAAUACAAAAACUGUAACAUCUAACACGACUCCGACUACAUUUAACGUGACGCCAGCUACUUCUACUACGACAUCAACAUCUAACACGACUCCAACUACAUUUAACGUGACGCCAGCUACUUCUACUACGACAUCAACAUCUAACACGACUCCAACUACAUUUAACGUGACGCCAGCUACUUCUACUACGACAUCAACCUCAGCUAUCUCUGUUAUGGCGCCAACUAACUUUACUGUAACACCAGCCAACUCUACUACACCCUCAGCUACUUAUACUAGGACAUCGACUACUUCUACCACAGCAUCAGCUACUUCUUCUACAUAUUUAACAAAUAAUG